GAAUUUAUGUCUUCGUCAUUUAAAUGCACAACUGUAAUACUAACGUAGACCUUUGCCUUUUAGCCGAAUCAAUGUAAAAAUGGAGGGGUGAGACUUGCAUUGCUCCUCCGCAUAGGCACAAUGCAGUACAAACCCACAAUAGAACGGAGAGGCUCCCGCCCAUAAAAACACCCGCUAAAAACUCAGAUUAUGGGACUACGAUCUUCAUUUUAAGCAUCAAGGUUGAUGAUAAAGCUAUGGUUGUGACUGCGGUGUGGCACUACAACUUCAGGCUGGUUUCCUACAGGACAGAAAGCAAUCGUAGAAAUCGCUUCCUAGUUGCCAUAGCGGAACUAUAACUUUGCGCUUUAUAGAAGGAGGAGAGGCAUGAAGAAAGUCACCGCCAGUAGGGGGCGAAAACAGAUUGUGCAUCCGGGGGCAGGGGCGUCCUAGGAGCUGUGGGAAAGAGGUCGUUGGGGGGAAAAGAGAACGAGAGGAGGAGGAUGAAGAAGCAUGACACUGCUCUACACUCCUCGCUACAAAAUGGCGGCGGCUCUAUGCAGGCGGGGGCGGCGUCCACUAUCACGGACUUUGGUGCUUUUUUCCAACCAGGAAAUACAUGGGAUUAAACUCAUCUCAGCGAAAGAGCCAUAUUCUGUCCAGCGGAAUGAAUUUUCAAACAGAAAAUGUAAAACAAUGGCUAAUUCGCGGACGUGCGCAAAAGACGGCUGUCGUGGCAGUUUUGCGAGUUUAACGUGCUCGCUGUUAACAGAAAAUGAUUCUGAAGCAAGUCUGUUUUCUGGACGCAAGAUUUAUUUUUUUAGACAGGCGCGUAUUAAGUUUCCAACCGUUUGUGAGUAUUAUUUCUGGACUUCUAACUUUUAUAAAUCAUUGCCUCGGUGUUAAUUGUUCGAAUGUAUAAGUGCAUUGUUGCAAAAAGCAGUCAUUUUAUUUCUUGUAAUUGAUCGGAAUGAAGUCUUAGUGCGCAACAAAAUGGCGCCGUGUCUUAGAACGUAGCUGAAGGAGAAGCAACGUUUUUAUCGUGUGACAGACCAAAUAUGCCCAGUUUGAGCUCGCUCCCUGGUAACAGCCAAUGGAAGACCGGCUCGACACUCCGCCCUGUAGACAGGCUACCAAUUAGAGCAUACCCUUCCUAUGGUGACGUGGAAUCAGCGCUGAGUCAUUUGUCCUGGAGUCUCGAGAAAGGAAGGGCGCUUUCUCUCCAUGUUCUACAGGUGCUAUUCUUUGCACGACCACUGGAGGCACAAAGUACAGUUACUGGGUUUUCAACCAAUAGGAUGAUUGUUUAACCCAAAGAGGCGGUUAGAUUGAAGAUGAAUAUGCAUGCUGACCAAUCAUACGUUAACAUUAGCUAUAGAGGAGGGACAUUUCCAGCCAAUCGGCUUCGGGUAUCCUAUAUAAAUUACCGGCCGCUAAGCUAGCGGCGCCAUUUCGCUGAAGCAGACAGCUGGAGAGGAGAGUGGUAGCUUGAGGUUUGUAACGUAGGAGCUAGCAACGCCCCCACUCGGAGUGCGGACGUCCAUUCAAUCCGUGUCCAUCCGCAUGGAGGCUGCCGUUAACCCGGCUGUUAAGAGACCACCUCUGGAUCUGAAUCAUGGCAUGAUGGGACAGUCCAUUGAAGGUACACCAGGCAAAAGAAUCCGUAAGCCAUCCCUUCUUUAUGAGGACUUUGAAGGCCCAAACAUGACAUCAAGUGUUUUUCAUCAGCUGCCUCAGACAAACCCACCACCUCCUGAGUUUAGCAAUUCUAAGAAGCCAGGACGCUCUACUAAUCAACUGCAGUACCUACACAAAGUAGUCAUGAAGUCACUGUGGAAGCACCAGUUUUCUUGGCCUUUCCGACAGCCUGUGGAUGCAGUUAAACUGGGUUUACCGAUCUGCACAUCCAUGAAUUUGUACAGGACCCCAAGUGUGAAAGUAUUAAAGCAACACAUACUGAGAUGUCUUGGAUUAGAAGUAUGAAGGUACUUUAAACUGGACUAUCACAAGAUUAUCAAGCAGCCAAUGGACAUGGGAACUAUAAAGAAAAGGCUAGAGAACAACUAUUACUGGAGUGCGUUAGAGUGUAUGCAGGACUUCAACACUAUGUUUACCAACUGUUACAUCUACAACAAACCAACUGAUGACAUUGUGCUGAUGGCCCAAAGUCUAGAAAAAAUGUUCCUGCAGAAAGUUGCUCAAAUGCCUCAGGAGGAGCAAGAAAUUCCUAAUACUGCUUCCAAAAUAAAGAAUGUAAAGAUUAGUAAGACUUCUGGGCCCACUGGUGGAGUCACCACAGCACACCAAGUUCCAGCUGUCUCAUCUCAGUCUUCUCUGUAUCCAAGCUCCCCUGAAGUGCCCACUACUAUGCUCAGCCUGGCACACUCUUCUAUUAUUUCUAAUCCUGUUCUUAAAUCCAUGCCAUCAUCACAGGCAGUGCUCUCUGUAUUGCCAGGGGCUACUCAGCCUGUUGCAAAGAAAAAAGGGGUGAAGCGAAAAGCUGACACCACUACACCAACUACCACAGCUAUCAUUGCAACUAGUGGAGACUUAUCACCUUUACAAGCUUCUGAGACAAAGCCUGCUAAAAUUCCUGCCCGGCGUGAGAGUGGUCGCCCCAUAAAGCCGCCAAAAAAGGAUCUUCCUGACUCACAGCAGCAUCAAACAUCAAAGAAAGGCAAAUUGUCUGAGCAGCUUAAAUACUGUAAUGGAAUCCUGAAAGAGCUUCUCUCAAAGAAGCAUGCUGCAUAUGCAUGGCCUUUUUACAAGCCUGUAGAUGUAUCUGCUCUGGGGUUGCACGACUAUUAUGAUAUUAUAAAGCAUCCAAUGGACCUAAGUACCAUCAAGAAGAAAAUGGACAACAGGGAAUUCAAGGAUGCACAAGAGUUUGCAGCUGCUGUUCGGCUAAUGUUUUCAAAUUGUUACAAAUACAACCCUCCAGAUCAUGAUGUUGUGGCUAUGGCAAGGAAGUUGCAAGAUGUGUUUGAGUUUCGUUAUGCCAAGAUGCCAGAUGAACCUCUGGUAGUAAACCCACCAUCUACAUCCUCCCAGCUUCCACCUUCUGAUUCAAAGUCCUCUUCAGAGUCCUCCAGUGAGAGCAGUAGUGAGAGCUCCGAUGACAGUGAGAGCUCAGAUGACUCUGAGGAGGAAAGAGCUAACAGACUGGCAGAGCUUCAGGAGCAGCUUCGUGCAGUACAUGAGCAACUGGCAGCACUUUCUCAAGGCCCCAUUUCCAAACCAAAGAAGAAACGAGAGAAAAAAGAGAAGAAGAAAAAGAAGUCUGAUAAAAAAAAGAGGAAAGAUGAUGAUGAAUGGCGAUCUAGCAAAUCCAAACCCUCCCAAGCCAAAAAAUCCUCCAAGAAAUCGGGGGGAGGAAUUGCUACCAGCAGUACAGUCAGUCCUGCAAUAUCUAAGAGCACCAAGAAAACAUUCAAGUCUGUACCUCCUGCUCCUUCUGUUUUGUAUGAUUCGGAGGAAGAGGAGGAAAGCAAACCAAUGACUUACGACGAGAAGCGGCAGUUGAGCCUGGACAUUAACAAAUUACCAGGAGAGAAGCUCGGCCGUGUAGUUCACAUCAUACAAUCUCGUGAGCCCUCUUUGCGAGACUCUAAUCCUGAAGAGAUUGAAAUUGAUUUUGAGACCCUUAAACCUUCCACUCUGCGAGAACUGGAGAGAUAUGUGAUGUCUUGUCUGAGGAAAAAACCCCGUAAGCCCUAUACUCCCCCUAAUUCGGUGCUCUCUCCAGCACUUAAGAAGCCAGUGGGGAAAACAAAAGAGGAGAUUGCUCUGGAGAAGAAGAGAGAGCUGGAAAAGAGAUUGCAGGAUGUGAGUGGGCAGCUGAACUCUGCAAAGAAACCUCCUAAGAAACCCCAUGACAAGGCAGAGUCAGCCCAACAAGUAUCAGUGACCCGCCUCAGUGCUUCCAGUUCCAGUUCAGAUUCUGACAGCAGUAGCAGCUCCACAUCUAGCUCCUCGGACACUAGUGAUUCUGAUUCUGGUUGAAGGAAAUCACCUUCUCCUUUGAGAGGAAGUGUUGCUGAUUUACCGUCAGAAGUGGUUCUGAUUUGGAUCUGCAGGAACGGAGCCCACCUGAACCAGACUGCUUUCUUUGGGGUGCUAGGGAGUAUGAGGCCUUAGACAAAUGUGGUUUAGUGCAGUAGGCAUUUACAGGAGGGGAAAUAUCAAAAGGGGGGAGGGUUUAAACCCCUCCCCUUUAAGUUCUCAUGGAAUGCAUAAAUGCUGGUAAUUGUGAAUACAUUUCUGUUGGCAUUAGCAUCAUAUCUGUUGGUAUCUGCAUUCCACAAUGGCUUUUCUGGUGUACCUCAAAGCUCAAUGAAGUGUUAUCCAACCCUCUACUCACCCCACGUACCCAACAUGGUGUUGAAAAACCAGCUUUUGAAAAGAUCUGCUCUGGGUGUGUGCUAGUACGUCAUUUAUUUAGGGAAACUGUUCAAGUCAGAGAGAAGGCUGUGUUUAGAUUGCAAAGGAGUGAUUUGUAACUAAGGUACUCUAAAGAACAUGUAUUUGGCAAGUAUUACCAUCUCUUCCUUCAGCCCUCUCCUGCAUGUAGCAUUUAUUGUAUAGGGCAGUUCAAUUAUGGAUAUGCCUUUCUUAUGGCAAUCCCAGCUGCAACUUCAAAUGACCUUUGUUUAGACCCCCUCCCACAAUUUUUUAUGUAUUUAUUUUAGACAUCAGAGGGAAAGCUUUUCCUUUUUGUUUUAUAAUGUAAAAUAAUUGCAGAUGGAUCCCUGUUGAUGCAGGGACCAGUGUAGAUGUAAGAUUUUAUAAAGAUGUAUGUAAAUAUAUUCUAAGUUGCACAGGCAUGUUUCUUGAUGUAAAGGGUGACUUUUUUUUUUUUUUUUUUACAUUAUGGAAAAAGCUUUUAUUUCCUAAUUAUUGUCUUCUGUAUAGCCUAAUAUUGCUUUGUCUUUCUUGUAUAUUUUUCUUGUAUUUGUCAAACCCUUUAGUUUUGAGACAUGUAAAUAAAGAAAAAAUGAUUGAUGCCAUGUAUAACAUUUUAAUAAUAACCUGUAUUCAAAACUGCAAA